UCACAGAAACCGAUACCUAAAUUCAAAACAACAAAAAUGGCUGAAAAAGAGAAAGAUAAAAAUCUGGUAUCAAAUUUAAUCAGUAAAGCUCAACAGUCAGCCGAAGAAAUAGAUAGCGUUGCUAAAUUAUUAUUGGAAAAAAGAUUUUUUCUCACUGCCUUAGAAUUUCAAACUGAAUUAAUAGAAUCAGGAAAAGGUUCACCAAGAUUAAAGGACUUUUUUUCUAAUCCAAACAACUUUGAAUUUCAAGCCAAACUCGACCCUUUAUCACUUUUACGCAAAGCACCUAGUGUAUUAACAUUAGAUUCCAUUGAUGAUUUUGCACGUUACUCAGAUGAUGAUGUCCAUGAAACUGAUGAAAGAAUUGCAGUUCUGGAGUUUGAGUUGCGUAAAGCAAAAGAAACAAUUUAUGAGUUACGUCAAAGUGUUACGGAGAUGGCUUCAGAAUCAAAGAAGAAUCCAAUUAAUGAGCGGAGAGAUUCAAAUGCUAAUCAGUUUGAACUUCGAACUUUGAAUUUCUUGGUUAAUGAAUAUCUCCUGAGGUAUAACCACAAACUAACCUCAAUAACCUUUGCUGAUGAAGUUGGUGACCAAGAUUUGGAUGAUUGGGAAGAUGUUGGGUUAAAUAUUGCUCAGCCUCCAGAUCUUUUACACUUGUUUCGCGAUUUCUCUCAUCAUAUUAUUGAUCCAGAAUCAUUGCGCUUAGAAGAGCUACGCGAUAUGCAAAAUGAAUUGGAAUUAUUAAGAUCAAGAUGUGAAGAAAUGAAAACUGAAAUAACAAAGCUCAACCAAACAAAUAGCAAACUCAUGUUUGAAAUUAAUGAACUGAACAGAUUACAAAGUGCUUCAAAAGUGGAAGGUUUUAAAACGGAGUCACACUUGAAGUUGAAGGGUUCUUUGAGUGAUAAUCAUUUAGAAAAAAUAUUUUAUCAUCAAAAGAAAAGUUCUGAAGAAAAAAUAGCAGAAAGUAUUUUUAUAAAUACAGAUGAAAUUGAAAUUCAUAAUGAACUUCCGAAAGAAGAUAAAAUUGAGAAGUUGAUCAUUGAUCAUCAAAAAGAUCCUCAAACAUCAGAUUAUCAAGCAUCAGAUCAACAAGCAUUAGAUCAACAAACAUUAAAUCAACAAACAUCUGUUCUUCAAGAAAGUUUAAAAUCUCAUUUAAGCAUCACAGACAUUUGUAAUGAGUCAGAAAAAUCUAAGGAUUUAAAUGAAAAUUUUUCAAAUGUUGAUGGUUUAAAUGGAAAUUUUUCCACAAAUAUUGAUGGUUUCACUUUAAAGGAUAACAUUAGAUUUGUUUCUAAUACAUUCAUUGACGUUUUAUUCGCGCUAGUAAAAGAAACUCCAGAAAACACUGUACAGUCAUCCACCCUUAUAAAACAGGUUUCAUACUCAAGUAAAUCACCUGUUGAAGUUAUUGCUAAUUCACUACCUAAGAUUGUUCCAAAUGUUUUGUUAAAUAAACGAGAGGAGUUAAUUCCACUUAUACUAUGUGCUGCUCGAUAUCAUGGAGACUCUAAAGUUCGAGAUGAUCUUUUACACAUGCUCUUUAAUCUUAUUAAACGCCCUGAGUAUGAGCAACGAAAAAUUAUUAUUGAUGGUUUUGUUGAGUUUGCUAGUAGUGUAGAAUCAACUCGAAUAGAGUCAGAGCUUUUACCACAGUGCUGGGAGCAGAUUAAUCACAAGUUUCCGGAAAGAAGAUUGCUCGUUUCAGAAACUUGUGGGUUUAUAUCACCCUAUCUUCCAGUAGAACUUCAAAGUUCAUUGAUUUUUUCAAUGCUUUCACAAAUGCUACAAGAAGACCGAAGUGAAUUAGUACGCAGGUCUGUCAUUAAAAGUUUAGCAAUUGUAAUAAGUGCAAUUACUGAUGCUUCUAAGUAUUUACAGGCUUAUUCUUUGUUUGAAUGUGGUUUAUUGGAUAUAGUCGAUGAAGUUGUUUCAACUACUGUAGAAAUAUUUUUACCUGCACUUUCUGUGUGGGCUUGUGAAAUAAACAAGCUUCAAUCUCAUUUUAUACCAGAGCUUUUCAAAAAAUCAAAAACAGCUUUGCAGAGUUGGCAAGAAGCACAUUUAUCAGAGAAUGCUGAUGCUAAUAUGACUAUGUUAGAUUCAGAAAAUAAAUAUAAAAAAUAUAUCGACUGUUUAGUGAAGACUGUGUCUAUAUUAUUUGUUAACUGCAUCAUAACAGCUCCUUUUGAACAAGUUGUUGAAAGUCCUUUAUCAGAUGAUCGUUUACCCUUAACAAAAAACAGUUUGUUUAAUGUGCAUACAAUCAUCGGAGAUAACCCGAAGAUUAAUAGACUUGUGAAGCAAUUUGAUAAUUUUUAUGAUGGAGAAUCUGUAGUGGAACAAUGGGAGGAAGUGCAAUGGGUUUGUGAACAAUGUUUACCACAAGUUUGUGAAAUGUGUGGAUUAUUGUUCUAUAGUACACAUUUGGUAAAUCAGCUAGUGAGCUUUAUGUUUGCAUUAUGUCAAACCUUUGGAAAACCAUUUACUUCUUCCAGGGUAGUCCCUUUUUUUGAAAAACAGAUGAGAAAUACAGGUGCUGCUUUUCUCAAUGACACUCCUCCUGUUUGCUCACCAUUGCUUACAGUUUUUUUAUGCGGUGUUCUUCCUGUUUAUAAAGGGAGUGAACAAGCUGGUCGACUAUGUACAUUUAUUAAACAAUGUUUGUUGACAAUUUCAACACAGCAUCUCUCUCCCCAAUUUCUUGUUUUAUCUUUUAACAUUUUAAGCAAAGAUAAAGUACACCAUGUUCCAUUGCUUGAUAUGCUAAAGGAAUUGUUAUUUUAUCCUGUUGCUGAAGUGCGCACAACUACAGUGUUACUUUUAGAAGUGUUAGCCAAACAUGUCAGUAAUGAUUUGUUGAUAUCUCAAGUUGCUUCAGCUGUUAUAACUCUCACAAAUGACAAAGAUUUAACAGUCCGACUUGCUUCAAUUCCAGCACUUGUUUGUAUUGUUGAAGGUGCACAUGACAAACAAAUUUUGGAUAAAAUUUCAAUACAGUUACAAAAUCUGCUUGAUGAUGAGCAAUUACAAAAGAAUACUAUCUUUCUAAAAGUUAUUGUCCAGACUAUAACAAAGAUGAUUUCAAAUGCUGAUGCAAAAUUCAGAGAUGAAUUUUUGUUGCCUCGUCUGAAAUCUAUCAGUGAGAUAAAUCAACUAAUACAGGAUUCAGCAGAUCGACUUGAAGUAAUCGAAGAGUUGAUAUCUUCACAAAAUGCUGCUCUAUGUUGCUAUUUAUCUAGAGAAGUCAUUCUCUCCUAUAUUUUGCCAGUGUUGCGUUUACUUGAAGUUGACCUUAAAAAUGUUUCACCUGAAACUUUGGACUCCGUGGUUUUAAUGAUAAAAGAUGCAGAAAAUAAAUGCGAUGAUGACAAAUCAUCAGUGAGUUCUGGAAUUUCAUCAAGUGCUUCGUUAAAGCUAUUUGGAAACAUUUCUUCCAGAUUUAAAAAGAAAAACAAAGACAAGUAAUUGUAAAUGAUUUAUAAUAAUUUAUGUAUUUUUUUUACUUUUCUUUAGUUUAUUUUUUUUUUAUCGACUAUUUUAUUUUCUUACUUUAAUUUUUUUACGCAUAAUUAAUUACGUAUGUUAUUAUUGUCAUUAUUUUGGUGGAAAAUUCUUAGGAAUUUUUGUAAUUUAUUACUGCUAUCGGGAUUUUUCGCAAUUUAUGAGAUGUAAAUAAUAUUCCUGAAAUUAUCUUAGAUUUUUUAUAUAUUUAAAAUAAAUUAUUUUUUAUUACUGUUAACCUUUAAUG